AUGGCACAUUUAUGGCAAUUACUUGGCACCGUCGGGAAUAUGCAUUUUUUUAAAAAUGUAACCAUUUUGUUUGUUUUUUGUUAUUUUUUUUUUCAACAAGGUCAUGCCAUACAAGAAAAUUGCCCAAAAUACGAAAAAGACAAGCCGUGCAGAGACAAUGAAAUUCAAUUUUUCUUACGAACUGGGUAUGACUGUAAUUCAUCUUUGCUGCUUGCAACUAUUGGUACAUAUUUCAACAAGGCACAACUUUACUUGAAUUUGUUUUAUAAUUUUAGGGUCGGUGAAAAUCAUGAAUUGAUCAUUGAUAAGCCUCAAACGAUUGCAAACGCUAAUCUUAAACAAGGAAAGCCAAUAAAAUUUAUCAUUCAUGGCCAUACCGGAAACAAGGAUGAUUUUGUAGUAACACCUUUACAACAAGAAUAUUUUAAAUUAGAAUACAACGUCGUGGUGAUAAAUUAUUUCAAACUAAGCAAUGGUACUUGUUAUCGAACUGGAGUGGAUAAUUCACUGGCGAUAUCAAAAUGCGCUGCAAGAAUAAUCGAAGCCAUAAUUGAGGGUAAUGAGCAGGGGAUAAAAAUAGAUGAUUUUCAUAUCAUAGGUGUGAGCUUAGGUGGUCAAAUGGCUGGUCAAAUUCCAAACAUCGUAGAUCCAAAAUUUGGCAAAUUUCCUCGUAUCACAGGAAUAGAUCCAUCCAACAACGGGUUUUUUGAAGAUUACAGCACAGACGAAUACACGUUGACUGCAAAAGACGCCAAACUAGUCGACGUCAUUCAUACAAAUUCCGGAAUCAAGGGUAUGUUUCCACCAAUGGGACAUAUCGAUUGGUACCCAAACGGGGGAAUUUUUCAGCCACAAUGUCGCGUAGGCGAUUAUGUGUGCGAUCACAUACGAUCUUUGAUAUUAUUUUUGGAAUCGAUUGGUGAUGAAAAUUUCGAACUUGAAGCUGAAUGGUGUCCCAAUUUGGAAUCCAAGUAUUUCAACCCAGACCAAUGCGUAAAAAAUAUUAAAACGCCAUUUGGAGAAAACAUCACUUCGAAGAAGAUACAACAAGGUGUUCAUUUCUUCAAUACCAAAGAUGAGCCUCCAUACAUCAGAAACAAUAACUAUGAAGUUUACCCCCCUGUGUAUAAAAUACAUCUUGAUGUUGAAGGACAUUUUAAAAAUAAACAUUAAUCCACACAUUAUAAAGGCGUCGAUUUACCAAAAAUGAUUCAUUCUCGUUUUUAAAUAACCAAGUAUUCUCUCCUGAAAGCUUCUGUUAAAUUAUAAUUCAAAGUACCUAGAUACCAAUUUAAUUAAUUUAAUUUAGUGAAGUGGUUCAAAAUGGAAAAAUUUUCUCUUCAAACAGCAAUCAUUUUUGGCUACUUCAACAACUAUGAGAAUACAUUCCGUUUCUAAUAAUUUU